AUGGCUGCUUCGACUAUCAUCCCAUCAGUGGAGUAUGUGCCUGUGGACACUGAUCUCCAGAAGCUGCACGAGGUUGGCAAGACCUAUCGUGAUCUCCCAGCAGACAUCUAUGGACUGGCCAUAGCGGUCAGUGUCGUCGACCUGCCGGAGGUGAUCACAUGCAGAGCGACGAAGGCUCAGACGGCGGGCGUCCUUUUCGGAUUCACCGCCCUGAGUGUGAACCUGUGGCUUCAAGGACUAAUCCUGUACUAUGAUAAAUUCGAAGGCCUGGGAUAUUCACCGGCGGUGACUUGCGGCCCAUUCUUGUUCGUAGCGGGCCAGGUGGGCGUGGGGGAUAGCGGCGUCGUUGAAGACCCGGAGGCCCAGUUUCGGCUGGCUUUUGAGAAGCUCUUCGCGCUUUGCCGCGAGGCGGGUUUCUCAGUGCCGGGAGAUUUGGUGGAGGUGAAGACCUUCCAUGUGGACAUGGACAAGCACGAGGCAGCAUUCUUUAAGGUGAAAAAGGAGUUCUUCCCGGCUCCGCCCUAUCCGGCCUUCACCGGCUUGAUCGAGGUCCAGAAGCUGGGCAUGAGCGGCCUUCUCCUCGAAGUUGCCGGCACUGCCUACCGAGUGAACCACUACAUUGUGCAGGGUGCAGUUCACGAAGCGCAG